AUGCCCCGCACCACCGGCACCCGCCCACCAGGCACUAACCGCUCCCGCGCCCGCAACAACCCCAAAACCCGCUCUCUAAACGCCUUCUCAAUCGCGCAAUCCACCACCACCGACAAGCCCAGCAUCCCCAGCCGCCGCCUCGGACAAGCUCCGUCCAAGAAGCACAAAGCUCGCAAGCAAGACUCCGACGACGAUGACUCCGACGAAGGCGCUGGGGGCAGAAGCCGCAGAGGCAGAGGUGGGGAUGAGAGCGACGUAGAUGGCGGCAGCGACUCUGACGGCGGCCACUGGAAGGUCGGCGUUGACAGCGACGACGAGAGCGACAUUGACAGUGACGAGGCCAUGGGCGAGAGCGACGAGGAGCGGUUCGCGGACUUUGCGUUCCGUGGGAGCAGCUCGACGGGGAGGGCGAAGAAGGAUAAGGGACGCAGUGGCAAGGGGAUUACGUUGGAUGAGAGUGAGGAUGACGAUGAUGACGAAGUGGAGGAUGAGGAUGAGGAGGACGGGGAGGGCUUUGUGGACCUCUCUGAUAUGCUGGAUCGGGCGACGCCGAGCGAUUCGGAGCCUGAAGACGACGAUGAUGAGAAGGUGAAGAAGACGACUGGGAAGAAGCAGCAGCAGACAAAGUCGAAGAAGCGUGCGGCGCCGGAAUCUGAGUCGGAGGAGGAAGAGGAAAGCGACAAUGGGCUGGAUCUGGAGGAAUCAGUGUCUGAAGACGACGACGAUGAGGAGCCCUCGGACGGCGACGAUUCUGAUACAGACUCGUUUGCGCACUUCUCAGAAGAAGACGACACACCCGAAGACCCCGCAAAGCUCGAGGCCCUCCGAUCCCUCAUCACCGCCCUCCCCUCAGGCUCCUCCAAGCACGCCGCAAAGCGCGUCCGCCUUGACGACCCCAACGAGGGCAAGACGCCCAACGAAUACAACCUCACCCUCAACGGCGAUUCCCAAAAGCUCACUCUCGCCGACCUGAUACCCACCAUCGCCGACCCCAAGCUGAAAAAGUCGCUCAAAGUCCUCGACGACACCACCACCCCCGCCGGCACCAAGAGCACCGGCAUACAAGGGAGGCUUUCCGCGCCGCUGGCCAAGCGCCAGCAGGACCGCAUCGACCGCGCCGCGGCAUACGUCAAGACGAACGAGACCCUCGGCCGCUGGGUCGACACGGUCAAGAUGAACCGCGAAGCGGACCAUCUGCACUUCCCGCUCCCCAAUGCGCCCAACGCACCCAUCCAGGCGCCCAAGCGGCUGCUCUCCAUCGCGACGGCCACGGGCCGCGCGCCGCUGACGGCGCUCGAGGAGACUAUCUCCGGCAUCUUGAAGGAGUCGAACAUGCAGUCUGAGCGCAAGAUUGCCGAGUUUGAGGAGCUCAAGACAAACAAGCUGUCGAUCGAGGAGGUGCAGAAGCGGACGGCGGAGCUGCGCAUGGCGCGCGAGCUGCUGUAUAGGGAGGAGCUCAAGGCGAAGCGCAUCAAGAAGAUAAAGUCGAAGGCCUACCACCGCGUACAUAAGAAGGAGCGUGUGCGCCAGGAGCAGGCGAUUGAGGAGGCGCUUGCGCUGGAGAGGGGCGGCGUCGUGGAUGAGGAGGAGAUGAUGGAGCGGGAGCGCAGGAGGGCGGAGGAGCGCAUGACGCUGAGGCAUAAGCAGAGUAAGUGGGCAAAGGGGAUGAAGGAGUCUGGGCGCAGUGUCUGGGACGAUGAAGCGCAGGAUGGCGCCAUUGAGAUGGCAAGGCGCGCGGAGGAGCUGACGAGGCGCAUCAAGGGGAAGGAUGUCCGCGGCGAGGGCGAGGAGUUUGGGGAGAGCAGCAGCAGUGAGGAGGAUGAGGAUGACAAUGCGUUUGAUAAGGAGGGCGUGGAGCUGAGGAAGAAGCUGAUGAAAGAUAUUGAGAAGGCGGAGGCCUCGUUAGGCGUCUCUUCGUCCGGCAGCAAGCUGGGUGGCCGCUUGAUGGGCAUGAAGUUCAUGCAGAACGCAGAGGCGGCCAAGAAGAAGGAAAACGACGCCCAGUUGGAGGAGCUUAAAAACUCCCUAAUGGACGGCGACAGGCUGAGUGGUGUCGAAGAUGAGGAGGACGAGGAGCCCAAGCAGGCCAGCGGCAGAAUGAAAUUCAAGCCCGGAAAGAAGGAGAAGCCCGCCGCCUUCUCCAAGGCCACCCACAAAUCCGAGUUUGAGGAACAGGACUUCAGCGGCCAGGAACAGGACGACGAAGAGGGCGACGAAGAGGAGGACGAAGAAGUCACAAUCGUCAAUAAAGCCAACUCCGCCGCCUCCUCCACUGUAAAGAAUCCCUUCACCGCACCACCCAGAACCACAGCCGGCCCAGCCGGCGGCAAGCACCUCUCCUUCGGCGCCCGCAGCGCCGACGACGACCAGACCCCCGCCGGCGGUAACCCGUGGCUCCCGCAGGACGCCGCCGUCCCGUACAUCAAGCCCAAGCAGCUGACGCUCGCCAGCGGCAAAAUCGAGUCCAAGACCGAGCGCAGCAGCAAGAAACUCUCCAAGGCCAAAAAGGCAGCUGGGCUAAAGAACGGCGACGACGCUGGCGAGGUCGAAAUCGACACCUCAGUCACGCUCAAGCUGGCGCCGAAGACGGUUGCAGUCCCCCACGACGACGAGGACGAGGAGGUGGACGAUAAGGACAUCAGCCUGAUCCCGGCCAACAAGGGCGGGAAGGCGGCGAGGUCGCAGCGGGCGCUGGUGAAGCGGGCGUUUGCGGGUGAUGAUGUGGUGAUGGACUUUGUGAAUGAGAAGAAUGCGGUCGUGGAGGAGGAGGGCGAUCAGGUUGUCGAUGAGAGUGUACCGGGCUGGGGCAGCUGGAUUGGCGAGGGGGUGAAGCCGAGAAACCCGGACCAGCCGAAUAGGUUCCUUAAGACCGUCAAGGGGAUUGCAAAGGACAAGAGGAAGGACGCGAGGUUGGCGAAGGUCAUCAUCAACGAGAAGCGGGUUAAGAAGAACGUGAAAUACCACGCCUCGGCCCUCCCACACAUGUUCGAGACCAAGCAGCAGUACGAGCGGAGUCUGCGCGUGCCCAUCGGGCCCGAGUGGACCACAAAGGCGACGUUCCAGGACUCGACGAUGCCCAGAGUCAUGGUCAAGAAGGGUGUUGUUGUGGAGGCUAUCUCUGCGCCGUUUAAAUAA